AUGCGAAUCAUACAUAUGCUCGGAAUAGCAGCUACCAUAGCUUCUACAGGAAGCCAGGUGGCUGCUGCAAACUACACCUCCGAAAAUACGGACCCUCUCUUCUCCGUCUUCGACGAUCGCCCUGACAACUGUCCUCCGUGUUUCAAUUGCCAGCUCGACGCAUUCCAGUGCCACCAGUUCGCUUCGUGCAAUAAAUACACCGGAAAGUGUUCCUGUCCUCCUGGUUACGGCGGCGAUGACUGCUCAACCCCAACCUGUGGCUCUCUCUCCGAUGGGCUCAACCGGGGACCGCGCCAAGACAAGUACUGCGAUUGCAAAGAUGGGUGGGAUGGAAUCAACUGCAACGUUUGCAAAACAGACGAUUCGUGCAACUCGAUGAUGCCGGAUGGUGAAGGAGGUGUUUGUUAUACCCAGGGUCUCGUGGUGAAAGAGAACCACCAAAUGUGCGAUGUGACCAAUCGCAAGAUUCUCGACCAGUUGAAAGAACGCAAGCCUCAAGUUACAUUCUCCUGCAAAGACGAAGACGAAACAUGUAACUUUCAAUUUUGGGUCGACCAGGUGGAGUCGUUCUACUGUGCUCUCGAUACAUGCUCUUGGGGGAUGGAUGCACAAUAUGAUCGGAACGAAACAAAUUAUAAAUGUGAAAAUAUUAAAUGCGCGUGUAUUCCGGGGCGGAUGCUCUGUGGUGAAGACGGCUCGAUCGACAUUGGAGACUUCCUCGAAGAGGAGAUCAAGGGCCCAGCAACUUUCAACACACUCUCAACAGAGGGAGGUAGCAGCAGUGAUGGCAGUGCCUUCAAAGAACCUGCUAUGAAUGAUUUGAUUAAGAGCGUCUUUGGUGAUGAAAGUAUCACUCUACAGUGCCAUUCUGGAGAGUGUCUCUACAAAACAGACGUGCCCGGUUAUCAACGUCCCGUGAAAGAGAUUAACAAGCCUCUUAUUGCUGGAGUCAUCGCCGGCUGUGCCCUCUUUGUCGUUGCAGUUAUCCUGGGUAUCUGGUACCUGUCCAGGCGCGCCGCAUACCGUGGUUAUGGUGCUAUUCGACUUUCCGACGACUCAGAAGAUGAGGGGGACAAGCUUCUCAGCGAGCAGCGAGCAGCUUCUCUACUCUUCGAGAAUGUGUCGUACCAUCUCAACGAGAAAGAAAUCCUGUCGGGUGUCCAAGGCGCCGCCCAUCCAGGUGAAAUAACAGCCAUCAUGGGUGCGUCCGGAGCCGGUAAAACCACCUUCCUCGACAUCCUGGCCCGGAAGAACAAACGAGGUCUAGUCCAGGGUGAUUUCUUUGUCAAUGGAGAAAAAAUGAGCGAAAACGAUUUCAAGAGCAUGAUUGGCUUUGUAGACCAAGAAGACACUAUGCUGCCAACAUUGACCGUUCACGAAACCAUUUUGACCAGCGCUCUUUUGAGGCUUCCCAAGGACAUGAGUCGCUUCAACAAGGAGCAAAGAGUGACGGAAGUAGAAAAACAGCUUGGGAUUUAUCACAUCAAGGAUCAAAUCAUUGGUUCUGAAGAAGGUCGCGGACGUGGCAUUUCUGGUGGCGAGAAGAGGAGAGUAGGCAUUGCCUGCGAAUUGGUUACAAGCCCGAGUAUCCUCUUCCUCGAUGAACCAACCAGCGGUCUGGAUGCUUACAAUGCCUUCAACGUCAUUGAAUGUCUUGUUACCCUCGCCAAAACGUACAACCGGACUGUUAUAUUCACUAUUCACCAGCCUCGUUCAAACAUUGUUGCUUUGUUCGAUCGACUCAUUCUCUUGGCCAAGGGUAGGACAGUGUACUCUGGACCCUUCUCGACCUGUCAGCAAUACUUUGACCACAUUGGCUACUCAUGCCCACCGGGCUUCAAUAUCGCCGACUUUUUGGUCGAUCUGACCAUGCACGCUUCUGGUUCUCAGACGGCUAGCGAAGAAGAAACUCUGGAUGUGCAGAGAGAUAAUCUUAAAACAGCAUCCAGCAGCUUGAGAGCUGUCAAAUCUAUUGCUAGUGCAUCCAAUGCUAGUAUUGAGGAACUUGGAAGGGCUGCCCAAGAAGCCGCAUCGCGUCCUGGCAACAAGCGACACCAAUCUUUGAAGCAACGCCAAGACAAACAGCUUUACACACGACGAAGAGCUGACGGAGACAUUCCUGCUCCUCCCACUCCAAAGACCGAUGAAGAGGACACCGUUACCACGGCCGGCAACAGCAAUCAACAAUGGCUUCGACUAUCUUCCCGCCAUGGUGCCGUUCCUCCUCAGGUUCUUGAUGAUCCUGACCAUCUCCCACCCCCAGCCACAGGAACCACCGACCUAGACGCUCUUGUCGCCAGUUACGCCUCAUCAUAUGUGGCCAACUCGGUCCAUGAAGAGAUUUCCUCUUCCGUGCAGCAAGCUACCGCAGCAAAUGGAAACCCCAAUGCCGAUGCCCUUGGAAACAAUGUGCCAUUCAAAGGAUACGCUCGCAUUGGCCUCUUGAGACAGUUUGUGAUCCUGUCUCAGCGGACAUGGCGCAAUUUAUAUCGCAAUCCGAUGUUGAUGCUGACCCACUAUGCUAUUUCUAUACUACUGGCAGUUCUGUGUGGGUAUCUAUUUUACGGCCUCACGGAUGAUAUCAAGGGAUUCCAGAACCGGCUUGGGUUGUUCUUCUUCAUUUUGGCACUUUUCGGGUUCAGCACUUUGACGAGUCUCAACGUGUUUUCUUCGGAGCGGCUGCUCUUUGUGCGCGAGCGUGCAAACGGAUACUAUUCGCCUCUUGCGUAUUUCUGUGCCAAGGUUGCAUUUGACAUCAUCCCUCUACGCUUGAUUCCUCCGAUCCUCAUGGGCGUUAUUGUAUACCCGAUGACUGGACUAAUUGCUGCAUGGCCCGAAUUCUUGCGGUUUGUUCUCAUCCUGGUUCUGUUCAAUCUGGCCGCUGCUGGAAUCUGCCUGUUUAUUGGUAUCAUUUUCCGCGAUGGCGGCGUGGCCAACCUUAUCGGUAGUUUGGUCAUGCUAUUCAGCUUGCUCUUCGCUGGUCUUCUGCUCAACCAUGAUGCUAUUCCUAAAGCGGCUCUGUGGCUGCAAACUCUUUCCAUAUUCCAUUAUGGAUUUGAAGCACUCAUCGUGAAUGAGGUUACUUUCCUGACACUGAUUGACCACAAGUAUGGACUAGACAUUGAAGUUCCCGGCGCCUCGAUCCUGAGCGCCUUUGGUUUCGACACCCUUGCUCUGUGGAAAGAUGUCGUUGGCUUGGGCGUUAUUUCGGCGACGUUUGUCGUUCUUGCUUACGCUGCGAUGCAUAUCCUAUUAGUAGAGAAGCGCUAG